AUGUCGGUCCUCAUCAACCAGUAUAUUGCCACUGAUGACGGUACCCCAUACGUCGACCAGCUAGCCGACAAGUUGGUCAGCAAAGACCUCAGUCUUUUGCAAUUUAUACAGCAGCUCGGUCCCACCAUAACUAAUGACAACCCUACCAUUCGGGUGAAAGCGGUCGAGCUUCUUGGGGCCGUUCUUGAGCUGAUGCAACAACGUCUGCUUCCUCAAGGUGUUCUAUCAAAGCAGGAUGUGGUCGUCUUGCUUGAGUUCCUUCUCAUGAAGUUUGAUGACAAACAAUGUCUAGAGGCAGUUUUGAUUGCACUUGAAAAGCUUUGCAAACUUCCCCAAUUUAUUCCAGCUUUGUGCUCAUCCAAGGUGUUAACGGCUAUUCAGUCAAAGUAUAAUCCCCGGUCCCACUUGGCUAAGGUAAGAUACCGUGCUUUCAUCGUGUUGCAAACGUUACUCGAUAAUUACACGAAUUUCUAUCUGGGUCUGCACCAAAAUACUGUGCUCUUCACCAAAGCAUUCUUGGCAAUUGCCGAAGGCGAGAAGGAUCCUCGCAACUUGUUAGUAUCGUUCUCCUUGAAUGCCAGCAUUAAUGAGCAUCUUCAAUUUGACUUUGUUAAUGAUGUUGAUAGACUGCUUGUCAAUGACUUGUUCGAUGUCAGUUUCUGCUACUUCCCCAUUUCGUUUACUCCGCCCCCUAAUGAUCCUUACAAAAUCACUGCCGACCAACUCAAGACUCAACUUCGAACGACGUUGGCGUCGCAACCAUUAUUCGCUCUGGAAGCUUUCCUGCUGCUUUUGGAAAAGCUCACCAGUACCAACCCAGUGAUUCGCAACGAUGUCUUGCAAACGGUGUUCACUUGCGUUGAAACUUAUCCCACUUCUGCUAUGAACGACUCAUGGCUCCAAAUAUGGAACUCGCUCAAGUUCGAAUUAUUGCACCGUCAUGACCACUUGGAAAAUGUCUUCAAGGCGAAUGAAACAUCACUUCUUCCACCUGACUACCAAACUGUGGUUGAUCCCACCGACCCGAAUAAACUGUUGUUUUAUGCGCUUGAUAUCAUUGGUGUCACUUUCAAUAAGAUCGAGGAUGAACAAAGGAAACAGUUCUUUGACCUUAUCUUGGAGGAUUUGGACCCUUUGAUGUCGAAAAUGAACGACAAAACCCGUCCUGCUAUUCUUAUAUUGGUUCAUUUGGCCUUAACGAACUCAGAGUUUACGAACGAGAUUGCGCUUUUCAUUGGCAAGCAUUGGGGUAAAUUCUUUGGCUCCGAAGACGGUGGGGAACAAGAAGUUCUUGACGCUACCCGACAAGGCACCUUCAUUGACCUUAUUGGUUUCGUUCUUAUGAUUCAGUCAGUUUCGGCAUUAGAACGAAUGAAGCCGUACUUAUUGGUCUAUCUCCAACGCCUCCUCUCAUCCACGUCUCAAGUGAGAUUAAAGGUAAUCCAGCGGUUAUUGCAAAUGGUUCUGAUCCCCGGAUUAGUCAACCCGACCGAGACAAAACUUAUCUUUGACACCGUGAAUGCUAACCUCACGCCUCUGCUUGUGGGUAGUUUGGUGGAUGUGAGUCAGCAAAACCCCCUGCUCAUUAUUGAGUUUGUCAUCCCAGAGCUCCUUCAAAGACUUGAAACGGCUGGUAACUUGGAUGAACAAAUUAAGGUGCUUGGUAUGCUCAACAAGCUUUGUUCAUGUUAUCAGAUUCUUGAGGUGCUAUCGAUUCGGUACGCCUCGAUGAUCAAUCGACUUGAUGGCAAGUCCACUCAAUUAAUCCAACUCAUUAUCGAAUCGCUUAUUGAAGGCUUCAUUCGGAUCCAAAAAGAGAAUCAAUUUUUGGUGCAAUGGAGCUGGCACGAAAAACUUGUACCCGAUCUUCUCAAAGCCUCCAAUGACUACAUGGUGAUCGAGAGAAUCAGUGAUUUAGUGGGGUUGUACGUCAAUUUCACCGACAAACUGAAACACGCUGAGGUGCUUAAACUUUCUCUCCGUCGCUUUGAGUCGUUUUACAAGGAUGCCUCGCCUAUGAUGCUGGUAUUUUUGAAGAUCCUCGCAAACCUUGACAAACUGGUGGAGUACUCAAUUGACACUGCUUCAGUACUUGAGGUCAUCGCCAAGUCGGAUGAUGUGUACCUUCGGUAUGUGUAUUGCCAAAUGCUUGCCCUUGCUUCAAACAAAUUCGGCUCCACCAUUACACCAGAAUUGGACCAAACCCUCCCAUAUAUCUGGGACCUUAAGGGGAAAUUGUUGCGACUUGACGCUAACGCUGUUAAUGACUUCCAAAAGUUUUUCAGCAAGGAUCAAUGCACUCCACAAACGCUUGCGAUUCUUUUUGAAGACAUUCCCAUUUUCAUGCGGCUGAUUCAAUCCAUUAAACCCCGUGACCUUAUAUCCAACGUGCUGUCGAUGAACGUGAGACCCCUCGCAAAGCAGAGAAUGUUUGAAAUCGCACUUCCUGAACUCUUGGGCAAAAAUGAUGAGGAUAGCUUGGCCAAACUUGCGUCAGUCAUGGACCGCGUUAGUCCUGAGUUGGUCAAACCUCACCUGGCCGAUUUGGUUCCCGCCGUCAUUACUACCCUUGCCCAAAGUAACUCCUCGCUCAUUGCUUCGGGGAUUUCAAUCCUCCAAAUUUUGCUAGAGAACAUCGAGUUGGUGUCUCCUCACUUCAGCUCCAUCAUCCCUCGACUCACCGAGUUAGCAGUUUCAUCACCAGUCGCCGCAAUUAGGCUUCUGCUGUUGGAGACUUUGAUUGCGAUAUUCAAGAACACCGACGCUCAAGCCAAAGCCAUGAACUACAAGGACUCUACUUUGGAUAUUGUCGCUCAAGGGCUUGACGAUGACAAACGCAAAGUCAGAAAAGCAUGCGCUGACCUCCGCCAGGUGUUGUAUGAACUUUAA